AUGACUGCCUCUCAUCUUUUCAAUAUCAAAACUGUCGACAAGACGGGGGAAGUCAAGCUGACGAAUCGCGUCAAUAUCGAGAAAGAUAUCGAAGAAAAGGCCACUUUACAUGAUAUUAGACAGUUACUGGUGUCCGCUAAGAAGCUAGAUUCAGCAAAGGCACGGUUUGCAUUCUGUGGCAAAGAUGGUGCUCGCGUGGGUGAUGAUUUCAGUUGGAGCCUCUACAAGGCCCUCGUCACCGAGAGUUCAGAUCAGGGCACUGAUGUCCACGAUCUUUGUUUUGAGUCACCGGAAAAGACUACGAAAGAAAAGUCACUGAGCAAGCAGGCGCAGGACCUUCUUGAUAGCAAGUUAGAUAUGGACCUUGUGAAAAACAAACCUGAGCUGAUUACAGCCACUCUUAAGGAGCUGGCUAGCAAAUACAAUCAUGACAAUUUUAAAGCUGCCGCUGGAGGCGACGUUGUAACGGCGGCGGCUUUGUCCCAGGAAGACUGGGACAUUGUUAUGCGCAACACACAAUAUCUGAACGGCCAUCGGGUGGUGUUUUCAGAACUGGAGAAUGGGACUAAAGCGUUUAAAAGGAUCGACAAAGCCCCCUUUGCCGCUUUCUCUACUGCCCCUAGAAAGAUAUUCUCUUUCGAAAAAGCCGACAAAUCCAUCCGUGUCGAGGGAGAAUACCGAAUUCCUAGAUAUGUUGUUACAGAUGAUUCCUAUGUCAAUGUUUUUGAAACGGCGAGUUCAUUGUCUGAAAGUGUCGCUUCCAGCUCCUUUUCCCAGAUGGAUAUUGAAGCCUCGGCUGGUGGAAGCCUUUUUGGCGCGAGUUUGUCUGUCAAAGGCGGUUUUAGUAACAGCGACAGGCAAGCUCUCGCUACAUCAACCUCCAAAUCGGCGAGGUCCAUGAACAUCACCUAUAAUUUCCCCAGGGUGGUCCUACACCUCGACUCCAGAAGCUUGGAGCUGACGGAGGAAUGCAAAACAGCAUUACAGGAAGUCCAGUGUCCGGAUAGUCUAAUAAAGUUUCACCAGGACUUUGGCCAUUUCUUUGCGACCAAUGUUGAGCUUGGUGGAAAGCUCCUUGCUUCGGAACAAUUUACAUCGGAGGAUUCGGCCAAGGCAGAAGAGAAGGCUAAUGCCAUGAAGGCUAGUGCUAGUGCUUCAUUUUCUUACGGGGCAUUUUCUGCCUCUGCUAGCUACACGCAGGAGAACCAGACCAACAGUUCCAAUAAUACCUCGAGGAGUCAAAUGACAAACCAACUCACCUGGGAGGCCCGGGGCGGCGAUACGAUUCUUUGUAAUGACCCUCCAAACUGGUGCCCCACUGUUAAACCAUUUACCAACUGGAGAGUCAUCAAUCAAAAAGACGUGAUGGCUUUGGGUGAUCUUAUCGGGACUUUCCAAGACUUUAAGCAUAUUCCAAGCCACUUUGACGCAAUUCGAAAGGAAUCCAGACAUUCCGUUGCUUGCAAGUUCCGCCUCCGGGCCAAUAAACAGGAAGAGGUUGGAGAUGAUGAAUUCUACGGAGUGCGUAAAAAGGAUCAGAGAAAGAACUUGUAUAACUACCUGCAGCGGUAUAAGACGGAACUAGCGAGGGACAAUAAAAUCACUACUAAUCUUGGAUUUGCCACUGUGGACAUCCCCGAUCCCGUUAUGUUGCAGUUUUACGAUGCUUUCGAAAAGCGAGUUGCAAGCCCGUCCUUUACCGAUGAUUUCAAGGAAUAUGUUGGGAUUGAUAAAAUCGACAGUCAUAAUGCAGGCUGCGAUUUCGAGGUCGAAGUUGUGGUUGAGCUGAAUGCAAAGCCAACGUUACAAUUGAACGUCCCGUACCUCAUCCGCGCCCCACAGCGCAACACCUAUCUUGCCGCUGACACAUCCGGCAGUUACAGAGGCAGAUUCUUCGGUUACUUGUUCUAUGCUCGUCAGUCCCGUGCCAGCAAAUUCAUGUUCCGAAAGGUCGGGGCCAGAGAGAAAAAGGGCAUCGUUGAACACAAUAUGGAGGUCGAACUGGCAUAUUGCAAUGAUGCCGGAGAGCCUGCCGCUGUUGUUCAACGUUUCGAAGGUGAUCAGACGACGCUGGUGCUGAGCAAGUAUGGAACACCGGAUUCAUCGAGUUUCAGUAAACAGCACAACGCCAAAGUAGAAUAUAUUUAG